ACAUGCAUCGUUUACUCAAUUUUUCAUUUCAACCAACCAGCUGUGAGCAGUGACUCUCAUUUAUAGCAAAUGAGAAUAAAAUUGAGAGUCACGACGCACAGCUUUAAAAGUUUUGAGGAACAAAAAUAACACAAAAUACAGCAUAAAUUUAUUUUUAUUUCACAUCUCAUUCACGUUUCUUCAGUCGCGCGUUUCGGUUGACUUUUCGGAGCAUUGUGAAGUUCACAAAGUUAAUAGUUUGCAAAAAAAAAAUGAAUGAAUAAGCAGUUCAGCAUUAAAAAAAUAAUAACAAGAAGCUUGCAAUAAAAAAAUUAAUCAGAAAAAAAUUAAAAAAAAGAAUUUUAAAAAAUGAAAAAAAUUCUUUUAACUGCAGUGUCAUUUUUAAUUAUCGCUGGAAUCUGUGGAUUACCACAUGGCGAAAGUUCUACACAUGAUGAAGACGAUAGUGAUAUGUAUAUGGAACCUGAUGAAUUGCCAGCACCAAAAUUUAGUAUAGUUAAGUCAGAGUCACGUGUUGUACGUCAAUAUUCACAGAUGCCAGAGCGACAGCCUAGUGGAUUUGUGCCUAUAACCCGACCGAAUUAUGCAUCAGUGUCAAGAGUUGAACACUUUGAACCGGAAGUUAUUCAUCGAUCUCAACCACAAAAUCCUGUGGCUGCUGAACAAAACUUUUUCCCAUCAUUCUUCCGAAAUCCUCCAGUAAAUGCUCAUUCACGGCCAUAUAAACAAGCUCCAGCAACCGCAGCAGCAUCAAUUGCUGGACGUUAUAGUGCAUCGACUAGAGCGAAUCAAUUUGAUCAAUCAAUUCUUGGUUCUGGUGAUUUUGCUGUUGUACGUGGUGGAACUUUCUAUCCAGACGGUGAGAGGCCAUAUAGACCUAAGGAACGAGAAGAUUUCUUUGGUGGAUAUUUUAAUAAUGGACAUGGUAGACCACAACAACCAAAACAGGCAUACUAUCCAGAAGAUCCAUUUGAAAAUUUCAAAGACUUUGCAGACAUAAAUGCAGGGAGCGAUCCUGCUUUCUCACAUUUUAUUGUCAUUUAUGCAAAUAAGAAUGCCACAAAACCACAUCCAUCACAUCCGAGUCCGAAGAAUAUAUUCGAGCAAUUGCAAAUGUUAGAUCAAGAGAAAGAACAAGAAAAAGAGAAAGACUCAGUGCAGAAAAUCAAUCAACAAAUUGAAACAGAAGUGGAUGACAUAAAAGACAAAGAGGCAUACGAUAAGAAGCUAAUGAAGUUGAGUAAAUACAAAACAAAGCUUGCAAAAACAAAAGUUGUCAAAAAGUACAAGAAAAAGAUGGGACCUAAAGUUGAAUCAUCGCCAGAUUACACAGAUCCACUACUCGCGACGAGUUAGAGCACAUCCUUUUUUAUGUAAAUUAAAGUAUGAUUUGAACAUUCUCAAAUUUUUAUUGCUAAAUUUUUCGAAAUUAAAUUUUUGCGAUCCUAGAAGUUACCAGAAUUGAAGACAUUUUAAGGUAAAUUUUUGUAAGCAUAUUGUACAAAUCGAUUAUAUACUUCUUCAUUUAUGUAAUUUGUAAGAACAAAUUACUUAAAGGAAUCAAAUGACAGUGUUUAAUUGUUCAUAAUUUUAAAAUUUAAGACAAAUCUUGCUAUAUGAUUUCUUCUAAAAAUGUAGGUAUGAUCUAAGCUAUAUAUGACUGCAAAAUGUUGUUUUAUUCGUCUUAAGGAUACUUGUUCAGUUAGUACUUGACACUACUAAUGCUAUUCCUAAAUGAAUAAAGCUUCAGUUUGCAGUCAUAUACCGCUCUGGCAAUCAUCUUUGAAAAUUGAUUGAAUUUUAGAAUACAGAAAAUUUGAGAUUAGCAGUGCCAAAGGGCUUUAGAAACUUGAAUCAUUGAUUUAAAAAAAAAAUGAAGAAUCAGAAAAUUCUCAACAAAUUUUAAAAAUCAAUUCAGAGUUGACAUACCUUGCUAUAUAAACAAACCAACGACAAUAUAUUACCAUAUACUAUACUCAAUGGAUAUGACACUGAUUAAUUAUCUGACUUUGGCUAUAAGAGGAUAUAAUUAUGGGAUACCUAGACCCUUAUUACAACAAUCUCAAAUCAUUUUCCAAAAUUGAAAUUGAAUAUUCUAUGAAUUUAUUACAAUAGCAACUGUUUAUAUCCACUAGAAGCAUUGCUAACGAUAUCUAUGGAGACCUAUUGUUAAAUUAAGUGCUACUUGAAAAAUCUAAUUAUAAUUUUUAUGAGAUUUAUAAAUUACCGAAACCUUAGAUGACAUCUGAAGACUCAACUUCCCAAAAAAACCGUACUUUUAAGUAAUAAAACAAUGGAAAUGAUUAAUGAACUAUACUUACCUAUUCAAGUUGUAAUUAAUCAGUGUUGCAUCCUUGAACAUUUUUACGCCCUUACUAUUUGCGACUAUGAAUGAGUUUAUAGAAUCGUUUCCCCUGGACUUCCACUAUCAUAUUCUUAAUGCUUCAUUAUUUUUAUACGAGAGACUUUUAUAUAAAAAAUAAUCUGCAAAGCUCUAAUUAAUUUGUGAUGAGCUUAGUGUGACCAUUUUACUUUUUAAGAUGCGAGGCCUAGUUUUAAGUUAAAAAUGUUUCAUGUAAUUUUAAAAAUAA